UUUCAGGUGAUCUGGAGGUUCGGCGGAGAAAUUCCGGGAACUUUGGCCGCCAACACGAAGCUUUCUGAUUGGAUCCCUCAGAACGACCUGCUGGGUCACCCAAAGACCAGAGCGUUCGUAACCCACGGUGGCACCAACGGUCUGUACGAGGCGGUGUACCACGCCGUGCCGCUGGUCGGAGUCCCGCUGUUCGGUGAUCAGCCCGAUAACCUCGCCCGUCUGAGCCGCCGCGGUGCCGCCAUUGUCCUCGACUUCAACCACUUGACAUCUGACGAGCUGACAGAGGCGCUGCACGACGUCAUCAACCAGCCGACCUACAAGUCCAGCAUGCAGCGUCUGUCGGCUUUGCAGCGUGACCAGCCGGUGGCCCCGCUGAGCACCGCCGUCUUCUGGGUGGAGUUUGUAAUGCGACACGGCGGAGCGCGACACCUGCGGCUGGCGUCACAUGACUUGAACUGGUUCCAGUAUCACAGUGUGGACACUGGUGGCGCCCUACUGGUGGCCAUGACAACCACCAUUGCACUCUGCUGGGGGGCCGCCAGGUGCUUCCUGCGGCGCUGCAGCAGGCGGCGAAGAAGAGACAAGAACAACUGAAGAUCAAUACGAUAACGACAUUCAAUUUAAGAUUGAUGACGUAAACAAACAUGAAUAAAUAAUUCGGGUUGUUA